AUGUGCAUGGAGCCGUACCAGAACUGCACCACGUACUGCAGCGAGACGGCGCUUUCGAACGUGAUCAUCCUGUGGGUGCACAACCACUACCGUAGCCAUAUCGCGCUGGGCCAGCUGGCCAACUUCCCGCCGGCUGCCAACAUGUUCCAGCUGCGCUGGGACGACGACCUGGCCGCAGUGGCCGGGGCCCGUGGACGCGACUGCGUCCGCAGCGCAGGGCAGUUCACCGAUUACUUCGAGCAGCAGUGGACGGCCGACUUCCCUCUAGUGGACCAGAACCUGCUGAUCCAUUGCAGUAACCAGAUGACACCGGCCGUUGCAGCACCAACUUCCCGCAAGACCAAGUUGGCAGUCACGAGAAUGCGCGAGGUGCCGGCUCUGGCGCCCGAGAGCAAGGUGUUCCUCUACGUCUGCAACUACAGACCCCAGGGCAGCGAGGUCGACGAGCCGCUCUACCAGGCCGGCCCACCUUGCUCGCUCUGUCCGGAGGACACGGCGUGCGAAUCGUCCGCGGGGCUCUGCGUACUGCAGAGGGACAAUCCGGGCGUGGACACGACGUCCUCUCCGCCGGUCUUAAUUCAUCCUCCUGAAGCACGUGACUCGGCUCCCGUGGCGGUCGCCAUAGCGGUCGCUCCUGCGCUCGCUCCUGCGCUCGCAGCAGCCUUGGUGGCCGUCCACAGGUGGCACCACGGUGUCGCCUAA